CUAUUCAUAAAAUUGACGUGGCUCUAAAUUUUAGUGUUUAGGUGUAUUAAGAGGCUGAAAUUGCAAUGCGAAAAGAUUUGCACGCAAUUGGUCCAUUAAAUUAAACGGUGAAUCGGUGCUGGAACGGAUUUAAGAUAUUCCGAGAAGUACGUAGCAAACACAUCAGCGAAAAUCGCUCAGUGAGUAAAAGAGAGCGAGAGUGGAUUGGGUGUGCGAGAUAGAGGCCGAGGCCCGCAAGGCAGCGCCGUUGUUCAUUGUCAGCUACAAAAAAAAUAUAUAUAUGUAAUAUAAAUUUCGUUUGUUGCGUGCCAAUUGGAAAAGAAUUGUUAACAGAAACCGCCCCACUGCAACUGCAGACACAAAAGAAAGAGAAUAUAUCAGUAGCAGUAUCAGCAUUAGGCAAAAACGCAGUGAAAAGUGUGUGCAUGCUUCAUCAGUCAAUUAACGAAAGCAGAGCAAGAAGAAGAACCAACUACAAAGUGCAAGUGCUGGUCAAGUACAUAAAGUGAAACACACACACACUCACACAUACAUACAGUAGAACACACGUUCCAACGCCCUUUUUCCAACGAUCCCAUUAGUUUGGCAACAUUGACAACAAGAAAGCUGCAUUCCAUGAAUUAGAAGAAUGUCAGCAUACAAUACAAAUUUUGUGCCGGCGGCGUCAAAUGGCAGCUUGGUAAAUGGUCAGCAACAACUGCAACAGCAGCAGCAGCAACAAUUGCAACAGCAACAACUCUACGUGCAACAGCAGCAGCAGCAGCAGCAACCACCGUCUCAGCAGCCACCGCCGCAGCAGCAGCAAAAAUUGUUGCCCCCUCCAAAGCCACUGAAUCAAUUCCAGCAACAGCCAACGCAGUAUCCAAUAAAUGCCACGCCCAGUGGCAACGCUCAGCUACCGCCGCCGCCUCAAUUUAAUAGCAAUGUGAUGAGCAAGUUUUUGCCACCAGCUUUGAGCAAUGGUCCAGCAGCAGCGCCGCCAGCAACGACGCCGCUCAGCAAUCUGCCCGCACACCUGCGUCCACCCACGCUAAACGGACCCACACCUGUCACUUCCACCACAACAACAGUAGCAGGAGCGGCAGCACCAGGAACACCUGUAACCAAUGGCAGCAAUGGUGCAUUGAGUGCCAACUCCUCGCGCACGGCAUCGCCUGGCCUGGUUAACGCCGACUCGGCCAGGUCGCAGUAUGCGGCGGCUCCGUUGGGCAGCUAUGCACCCAAGCCGGCGCAACAAGUCCAAGGUCCACCGGUGUCUGCUCAGCAGUCGUUCACUGGUCAACUGCCUGUCACGUUAGCGACGUCAGGAACGAUGACCCCGCAGCUGUCCGGCAGUCAGAUGGUUUCAACGAUGAGUCAGGCUGGCUCCACAAUGCUGACAUCGCCACCACCACAACAACAACAACAACAACAGCAGCAACAGCAACAACCAAAGCUGCAGCAAUCAGCCACUCAAGUGUCCAACUUGACAAGCAGCAUGCAGAGCAUGAGCAUGAAUCCGAAUCCUCUGAACGGGCCCGGCUCUGGGCAAUCCUUGGCGCGUAAGGACUACCGCGGCGUCUCCAGCCUGUCUGGCUCCGCGCAACAAUUGCAAACCUCGAGUGCGAAUACUUUGCUGGCAGGGACCGGACCGGCGCCUAGUCUACCCAAUUCCAUGGCCGCCAUGGUGCCACCAUUCAAUGCCAAUGCGCCCAGCAACAAAAGUCAGGCGAGUGUGUUUGGCGGCGGCGUGACGCCAGCGCCCAAAUUGGCCACGCGACCAAUGCCACCAACGGAGCAGAAGCUGCCCUACGGCGUGCCAGCGCCUGCGCCAGCUGGACCGGAACCCAACAACAAUGCGCCGCGUGCAGUGCAGCCUGGAAUGCCGCCAGCAGCGCAACGGCCGCCGCUCUGGCAGUCAGGCGUGGCUGCCAUGCCCGCCAAUGCUGUGAUGCAGAGUGCUCCGCAGGGAUUUAUGCCGCCGCCGCUGCCAACCAGUCAGAAUAUGCCAUCGCAGGUGCAGCUGCCGCCCUUUGGACCGCCACCAACAGCGGAUCGGCCACAGCAGCAACAGCAACAACAGCAGCAGCAAUAUCCUCAGCAGCAGCCGCAGCAAUAUCCAUAUAAGCAAGCUUUUCCACCACAGCAGCAGCAACAGCAGCUGCCAGCUCCCGGCGUGUUCGGAGCACAGCAGCAGCAGCAUGGCAACGCACCGCUGCAGUAUCAGGCGCAGCAGCAGCCGCUGAGCGUGGCACAGCAGGGCUUUAGUCGGCUGUGGGGUCAGGACACAAUUGAUCUGAUGCAAAACAGGCAUAUUCUGUCGCCAGCCACGAUUGCGCCGCCCAAGGUGGUGCUGCACAAUCAGUUCCACGAGUCCAUCAACUGCAGUGGCAGCAUCAUACGGUGCACCCUGACCAAGAUCCCGGAAAGCAAUUCGCUGCUGCAAAAGUCACGCCUGCCCUUGGGCAUAGUCAUUCAUCCAUUUCGAGAUGUCAACAGCCUGCCCGUGAUACAGUGCGUCAAUAUAGUGCGCUGCCGCCUGUGCCGCACCUACAUCAAUCCGUUUGUCUACUUCGUGGACAGCAAAAUGUGGAAAUGCAAUCUCUGCUAUCGCGUCAACGAGCUGCCCGAGGACUUCCAGUUUGAUCCGGCUACAAAGACGUACGGCGAUGUGACACGACGACCCGAGGUGCGAUCCAGCACUAUUGAAUUCAUUGCGCCAUCGGAAUACAUGUUGCGUCCACCCCAGCCGGCGAUGUAUUUGUUCCUGUUCGAUGUGUCGAUUAUAGCGCAACAGAGCGGCUAUCUGGAGACGGCAUGCUCGGUGCUGAAUCGCCAUUUGGAUGAGAUGCCGGGCGAUGCGCGCACCCAAGUGGGUUUCUUAUGCUACGACAGCUUCGUGCACUUCUACAGCAUGGCUGAGGGCCUGAAUCAGCCGCAUGAGAUGACGCUGCUGGAUAUUGAUGAUCCCUUUCUGCCGCGUCCCGACAGUCUGUUGGUCAAUCUCAAGGAGUGCAAGGAACUGGUUAGGGAUCUGCUGAAGCAACUGCCCAAACGCUUUGCUCACACCCAUGAUCCUGGCUCGGCGCUGGGCGCGGCCCUUCAGGUGGCCUUCAAAUUGAUGCAAGCAUCUGGUGGACGCAUAACGGUGUUUCAAUCGUGCCUUCCCAACAAGGGACCCGGAGCGCUAGAACCGCGCGAAGAUCCCAACAAUCGCUCGGCCAAGGACGUGCCGCAUCUGAAUCCAGCGACAGAUUUCUAUAAGCGUUUCGCUCUGGAGUGCUCCGGCUAUCAGAUUGCAGUCGACCUGUUUCUGAUGAACCAACAGUAUAGCGAUAUGGCCACCAUAUCUGGCGUUAGCAAACACAGUGGUGGCUGCGUGCAUCACUUUCCCCUGUUCCAGAAGACCAAACAGCAUAUGGUGGACUCGUUUAAGCACUGCUUCAAGCGCUAUCUGACCCGCAAGAUUGGCUUCGAGGCGGUGAUGCGUUUGCGUUGUACACGCGGCCUGCAGGUGCACACAUUCCAUGGCAACUUCUUUGUGCGCAGCACGGAUCUGUUGUCGCUGCCCAAUGUCAAUCCGGAUGCAGGCUAUGGCAUGCAAAUAUCGUACGAGGAGAGCCUCACCGAUGUGAAGACGAUUUGCUUCCAGGCCGCGCUGCUCUAUACGAACAGCGAGGGCGAGCGACGCAUUCGUGUUCAUACUAUAUGUCUCCCGGUGACUGCAUCCCUGCCCGAGGUAAUGCAUUCAGCUGAUACGGAAGCCAUCAUUGGAUUGCUCUCCAAAAUGGCCGUUGAUCGUUCAACAACGUCCAGUCUAUCGGAUGCCAGGGACGCCUUUAUCAAUGCGACCAUCGACGUGUUCAAUGCAUUUAAGAUUGCACAAAAUCUUCCCUCCGGCCAGAGUGGUCAGUUGAUAGCACCACGUAGCUUGGCCCUGCUGCCGCUUUACAUUCUGGCGCUGCUCAAGCAUCCCGCAUUUCGCGUGGGCACCAGCACGCGUCUGGAUGAUCGCGUCUUUGCCAUGGACAACAUGAAAACGUUGCCACUGGACCAGCUCAUGAAGUAUAUCUAUCCCGAGCUGUACAAAAUCGAUGCACUCGUCUACCAUGUGCGCAACUCUAACAUAAGCUCCACGCAGGACGAUGAUUACGACGAUGACGAGCUGCUACCGGAGAUGCAACGUCUUCAGCUAUCUGCGGAACAUCUGGACUCACGUUCGAUAUUCCUGAUGGAUUGCGGCACACUGAUAAUGAUCUAUGUGGGCCUCAAUGUACCCACUGAUGUGCUGGAAGCUCUGCUGGGCAUAAGGUCGACGGCGGAAUUACCAGAUUACGUAUAUGGUCUGCCGAACGUAGUCAGCGCCGAGAGCGAUGCUCUGAAACGUUUUAUAAUGCGACUGAAUUACGAUAAGCCCUAUCCGCCUCUAGUGCAAAUUAUCAGGGAUACGAGCACUGCUAAGGCGCAGUUUAUUGAGAGAUUAACGGACGAUCGUAGUGAAUCUAGUUUGUCAUAUUAUGAAUUUUUGCAACACAUUCGGGCUCAGGUUAAAUAGUACAUAAGUCGAGAACCCUACUACUACUGUAUACAACAUAAAUACGAGUUUCUUCGAACUUAAAAACAUCAAGAAAAGAAAAGUAAUAACUCUGGUGACUAAAGAUAGACAGACAGAGCAGGCCAGGCGGGCGAUGCGGCAACCAGCUAAGAUUCAUAUUAAGUACAUUCAUACAGCCCCCUCCCCGAUACAAAGAUAUGUGCAUAAGACAAGUAAACAAGUGAACGUGAACUAUAUUAACUAGAACUAAGUCACAUCUAGAGUUCUAAAAGAAAAAGCGUAAAGAUAUGAUAACAUAAAUCAAAUAGUUGUCACCCGCGGUAUAGAUAAUUUAUAAAGUGCAUGUAUUUAUUUAUUUGUUGAUUUUUUGCACUUAAAAAAAAUAUUAAAAAAAAAAAAAAAAGGAAAACAAUACAAGAAAAAUCACAGACACAUCUUGAAAAUAAUUUACAAUUUCAAUAAAAAUAAAAUCAAUAAAAGGCAAAACGCUGUCACAAUAUAUAUUUUAGUUCUCGUAGCCUGCAAAUACUAGUUAGAAGAGCGAUGAGCAUAGUUAUUUAUUAUAGAAAUCAAUCCAAAUUGUAUAUUGUUUUUAGUCACAUGUGCUUUGCGUUUCCAAAAAACAAAGACUUACGAAAACCAUUUUUUUUUUUUUUAAUUUUUGAUUCUGUUUCCCAAUCUUAACAGUUAGUUUCUUGCUUGUUAUUGCCUUAGCUUCAGCUGUUUUUUCAUAGUAUUUAUUUUCCAAAUAAUAAUUUUAUAUAUAGCUAUCGA